GAUUCAUGAUGGAUGACCCAGACAAGAAAAUCAGUGUCCUCUGCCUUGGUCCAAAAGGCGCGGGAAAAACUACGCUGCUGAAAAAGUUGCAAGAUGCCGAAGGAAUAGACAACACAUACAGCCCAGUGCCCACGAUUGGCACAAACAUCUACGACGUACAUUUUUUAAACAAGCACGGCAAAAAGCAGACUCUUUCCAUCAGAGAGGUGGGUGGAGAGAUGGCGCCACUGUGGAGCAACUAUUUAGAUGGUGUAGAAAAGAUAAUAUUUGUAAUGGACACAUCGAACCUCUGUCAAAUCUCUGCAGCUGCAGUUAUGCUCUAUACUUUGCUUGCGGAACCAAGACUGAAGACUGCUAAGUUCAUUCUAGUCCUCAGCAAGAUGGAUGCGGCCUACCGUCAGAUGAGAAACGAGGCAUUGCUCAUGCUACAGUUCACGCGACUAUGCACUGAGCUGAGGCACGCGCCGAAACUGCUGGAAGCGGCGCCGCUUGCAGGUGAAGGCAGCGAGGAGCUCAUGGCACUGCUGCAGGAAGGCAGCCCGCCGCCACCAAAGGCUAUUGUUAUCUAA